UUUUUCGUUGGCUGCUUCUAAACCUAUAUUCCAGUGCGUCUGUGUGUUGGUGUGGGUGGCUGACCACAAACGAAUAUCCAACGCGAUCCACCUCACCGUCCCCUAAGCCUCAGUGGACCCCACUUGAACAAUCUCUAUUCUCAAGCACCAAAAAAAUAAAAUGUUUUUUUAAUUGUUUCUUGAAAAAAAUAGGUAAUAAUAAAAAAAAAAAAAGUGUGAGAGAGAGAAUGACACAGCUCAAAAGAAAAACAUUUGCUGCUGCUGGAGGAGAGAGAGAAAAAAGCCAUUAGACGUCUGCUAGAAGACCAAGUCCCCAUCUUCUUCUUCUUCAACAACAUUAUCAGCUUUCUAGAGAGAGAAAACAUUCCGAUUCAUCUUCCAAAAUAUUUUCCUGUGUGAUUCUUCUACUCUUCCGAUCUCCCCGAUUUCAAUUCGCUACUGUGCUGACUCCGAAGAAAACUUAUAGACCACCAAAACCUAGAAUCUUCCCGAUCUGACUCGCUGAGUCGGCGCUCCGAAAACUCGGCCUCUAUUGGAUGAGCUAGUGGCGGCAUAGAGAGGAUCUAUUUGGAAGAGGAGGAGUAGCCAUGGUUGGUCCAGUCAAUAUAAUCGUUGGCUCUCAUGUUUGGAUUGAAGAUCCUGGAUUGGCGUGGAUUGAUGGAGAAGUCGUCAAGAUUAGUGGGGAAGAAGUUCAUGUACAGACCACAAAUGGGAAGACCGUUGUGGCCAAAAUCGCGAAUGUAUUUCCAAAGGAUACAGAGGCUCCACCUGGAGGUGUUGAUGACAUGACAAAGCUCUCAUAUCUACAUGAACCAGGUGUUUUGAAUAACUUGGCCAUGAGAUAUGAGCUGAAUGAAAUUUAUACUUAUACUGGAAACAUCUUGAUUGCUGUAAAUCCGUUUCAAAGGUUGCCACAUCUCUAUGAUACUCAUAUGAUGGAGCAGUAUAAAGGAGCGGGUUUUGGUGAAUUAAGCCCCCAUGUGUUUGCAAUUGCGGAAGUUGCUUACAGGGCGAUGAUCAACGAGGGCAAGAGCAACUCCAUUCUAGUCAGUGGGGAAAGUGGUGCUGGUAAAACUGAGACCACAAAGAUGCUUAUGCGCUACCUUGCUUACCUUGGUGGUCGAUCCGGCGUUGAAGGAAGGACAGUGGAACAACAAGUUCUGGAGUCAAAUCCAGUUCUUGAAGCUUUUGGAAACGCCAAGACUCUUAGGAAUAACAACUCCAGUCGAUUUGGAAAGUUUGUCGAGCUUCAGUUUGACAAAAGUGGGAGAAUAUCUGGAGCAGCUGUCCGAACAUAUUUGUUGGAAAGGUCUCGAGUGUGUCAAAUAUCAGAUCCAGAAAGAAAUUACCACUGUUUUUACAUGUUAUGUGCUGCCCCACCGGAGGAAAGAGAAAAGUUUAAGUUGGGAGAUCCUAAGUCAUUCCACUACCUAAAUCAAUCGAAGUGCUAUAAACUGGAUGGAGUGGAUGACACAGAGGAAUAUCUUGCUACCCGACGAGCUAUGGAUGUUGUUGGCAUCAGUGAAGAGGAACAGGAUGCAAUCUUUAGAGUUGUUGCUGCAAUUCUUCAUCUAGGUAAUGUCGAAUUUGCAAAAGGAAAAGAGAUUGACUCCUCAGUUUUGAAGGAUGACAAAUCCAGAUUUCAUCUGGAUGCGACUGCUGAACUUCUUAGGUGUGAUGCAAAGAGUUUGGAAGAUGCAUUGAUAAAACGUGUAAUGGUGACUCCAGAAGAGGUUAUUACAAGAACACUUGAUCCUGAUUCAGCCACGGGUAGCAGGGAUGCAUUAGCGAAAACUAUCUAUUCUCGUUUGUUUGACUGGCUUGUUGAUAAAAUUAACAAUUCUAUCGGGCAAGAUCCAAAUUCUAAGACAAUAAUUGGUGUUCUUGAUAUCUAUGGGUUUGAAAGCUUUAAGAUCAACAGCUUUGAGCAGUUUUGCAUCAAUUUUACCAAUGAAAAGCUGCAACAACAUUUCAACCAGCACGUUUUCAAAAUGGAACAAGAAGAUUAUACCAAAGAAGAGAUCAAUUGGAGUUACAUAGAAUUUGUUGAUAACAAGGAUGUGCUUGAACUCAUUGAGAAGAAACCUGGAGGAGUCAUUGCACUUCUAGAUGAAGCAUGCAUGUUUCCGAAGUCAACACAUGAAACAUUUGCUCAGAAGCUGUAUCAAACGUUCAAAAAUAGUAAGCGGUUUACCAAACCAAAGCUAUCUCGGACCAGCUUUGCAAUAUCACAUUAUGCUGGAGAGGUAACUUAUCAGGCCGAUUUGUUCCUUGACAAGAACAAAGAUUACGUGGUGGCAGAACAUCAGGAUCUUUUGAUCGCUUCCAGUGAUACUUUCGUAGCUGGUCUAUUUCCUCGCCUAGCAGAAGAAACAUCAAGUAAAACCAAGUUUUCUUCCAUCGGGUCACGCUUUAAGCUUCAACUUCAGUCUUUGAUGGAGACACUAAAUUCUACUGAACCUCACUACAUCAGAUGUGUGAAGCCAAACAACGUACUUAAGCCUGCCAUUUUCGAGAACGUGAACGUAAUUCAACAAUUACGGUGUGGUGGUGUUUUGGAAGCUAUUAGAAUCAGCUGUGCUGGAUAUCCUACCAAACGGACCUUUUAUGAGUUUCUCAAUCGUUUUGGUGUUCUUGCUCCGGAAGUUCUGGAGGGAAAUUAUGACGACAAAGUUGCUUGCAGAAUGCUUCUGGAUAAGAUAGGCUUAAAGGGUUAUGAAUUAGGGAAAACGAAAGUAUUCCUUAGAGCAGGGCAGAUGGCUGAGUUGGAUGCAAGAAGAGCUGAGGUUCUUGGAAAUGCCGCUAGGAAAAUCCAAAUGCAAAUCCGUACUUAUAUUGCCCAAAAAGAAUUCCGCACUCUACGUGGAGCUGCUAUUAUAUUGCAGUCCAACUGCCGAGGAAAAUUGGCUUGCAACCUUUAUGAGGAAAUGCGACGCCAAGCAGCAUCGGUGAAGAUUGAGAAGAGUUUCAGAAGACAUGUUGCCAGAGAAUCUUAUCUAAGAACUAGACAUUCGACAAUUACAGUUCAAACAGCACUAAGGGGAAUGGUUGCUCGCAAUGAGUUCAGAUUCCGAAAGCAAAUGAAGGCUGCUACUAUUAUUCAGGCUCGUCUUCGUAGUCAUCUGGCAUACUCUUACUACAAGAAACUCCAGAAAGCUGCGCUUGCGUCGCAAUGUGGCUGGAGGAGCAGGGUUGCACGAAAAGAACUGAGGACACUUAAGAUGGCCGCACGAGACACCGGAGCCCUUAGAGAAGCGAAGGACAAACUUGAGAAGCGUGUUGAAGAAUUAACAUGGCGUUUACAACUAGAGAAGCGACAGAGAACCGAUCUUGAAGAAGCAAAAGCCCAAGAAUAUGCAAAACAACAGGAAGCUCUGCAAGCUAUGCGGUUGCAAGUUGAAGAAGCAAACGCUGCUGUGAUUAGGGAACGUGAGGCUGCAAGGAAAGCUAUUGAAGAAGCACCUCCUGUCAUUAAGGAGACUCCAGUAUUGGUCGAGGAUACAGAAAAAAUCAAUUCAUUAACAUCAGAGCUGGAGGCUUUGAAGGCUUCGCUUCAGUCUGAACGACAAGCUGCAGAAGACUUGAGAAAAGCUUUCUCAGAGGCAGAGGCUAGAAACUCAGAGCUGGCCACAGAACUUGAAAAUGCUACAAGAAAAGCAGACCAGCUUCAUGAAUCGGUACAAAGACUGGAAGAGAAGCUUUCCAAUUCAGAGUCAGAGAUUCAAGUUCUCCGUCAACAGGCACUUGCUAUUUCUCCAACCAGCAGAACCAUGACCACGCGAUCGAAAACAAUGCUUUUACCGAGAACUCCAGAUAAUGGAAAUCUUCUUAACGGAGAAACAAAGACUACACCUGACAUGGCUCUUGCUGUACGAGAACCAGAGUCUGAGGAGAAACCACAGAAAUAUCUGAAUGAAAAGCAGCAGGAAAACCAAGAUCUACUAGUCAAGUGUAUCUCACAAAACCUUGGAUAUGCUGGGGGCAAGCCUGUUGCUGCAUGUGUCAUAUACAAAAGUCUUCUUCACUGGAGAUCAUUUGAAGUCGAAAGAACUAACGUCUUUGACCGUAUCAUUCAAACAAUAGCUUCGGCCAUUGAAGUCCCAGAUAAUAAUGAGGUAUUGGCGUAUUGGUUAUCUAAUUCAGCCACGCUAUUAUUGCUUCUGCAACGCACACUUAAAGCAACUGGAGCAGCUAGUUUAACACCACAGAGACGAAGAACAUCAUCAGCAUCCCUAUUUGGAAGGAUGUCACAAGGAUUAAGGGCAUCUCCUCAAAGUGCUGGAGCUGGACUCUCGUUUCUGAAUAGACAGGGGGUCACCAAGCUUGACGACCUGAGGCAAGUUGAAGCGAAGUACCCCGCACUACUUUUCAAGCAGCAGCUUACUGCAUUCCUCGAGAAGAUAUAUGGAAUGAUCAGAGAUAAUCUAAAGAAAGAGAUCUCUCCUCUUCUUGGGUUAUGUAUUCAGGCACCAAGAACAUCAAGGGCAAGUUUGGUGAAAGGGAGAGCACAAGCCAAUGCUGUUGCUCAACAAGCUCUAAUUGCUCAUUGGCAAAGUAUUAGGAAAAGCUUAAACGCUUACUUGAGUCUAAUGAAAGCAAACAACGCUCCACCGUUCUUAGUCCGCAAAGUGUUCACACAAAUAUUCUCCUUCAUCAAUGUUCAGCUUUUCAACAGUCUUCUUCUACGUCGUGAAUGUUGCUCAUUCAGCAACGGCGAGUACGUUAAAGCAGGCUUGGCUGAACUGGAGCAGUGGUGUACGGAGGCUACUGAUGAAUAUGCUGGCUCUGCUUGGGAUGAGUUGAGACAUAUCAGACAGGCAGUUGGUUUCCUGGUCAUUCAUCAAAAGCCGAAAAAGACAUUGGACGAAAUAACAAGAGAACUUUGUCCGGUACUAAGUAUACAACAGCUAUACAGAAUCAGCACGAUGUACUGGGAUGACAAAUACGGCACUCAUAGCGUUUCGUCAGACGUUAUUGCAAACAUGAGGGUUAUGAUGACCGAGGACUCCAACAAUGCCGUAAGCAGCUCUUUCCUUUUGGAUGAUGACUCCAGCAUUCCAUUCACGGUGGAAGACAUAUCAAAGUCAAUGCAACAAGUGGAUGUAAAUGACAUUGAGCCUCCUCAACUAAUCCGUGAAAACUCAGGUUUCGGGUUCUUGCUCACACGUAAAGAAGGCAGUGCAUCGUAAGUGAGCUCUGUAUAGUCCACCAAAUACGAUUGUUUCUGCUGCAUACAUAAAUACAUCGUGUGAGCCUGUGGGCAUUUUGUGUAUAUUAUUUUUCUUGCUUUGGUACUCAGUCUCUGGCCUUUGUAUUUGUGGAAAGGCCAAAGUUUAUUUCAUUCUUUGCAUCCCUGUAGUUAUGGCAACUCGCAGGGGUUAUUUGUUUUGCAUUUGCUUUUGUCAUAGAAAGGCUUAGAUGUGUACGAUGCUGUCCUGUCCAGAGAGGAGAGGAUAGUAUUGUUGUUUUAGUCAAUUAUUUUGUAUUUGUUGGUUUGGGCGAGUCUUUAUAAUCGUUGUGUGAAAUUGUAAUGAAGGAACUAGACUUUGUUUUCACUAUUUUAUACAUAGGUUGCACAUCAACUACCUUUCA